UUCCUUUCAUAGUCUACACAGCAUACGCAAACGACGCGGGCAAAGCAUUACAUGCAAUGCACCACUCACGCCACGGGCGGCAGCAGAAUCACCGGUGUUUCGCGGCUUAUAUUGCGGGUGACAUUCCGAGUGCCAUUCCGAUCAAAAUGUCUACGGAAGAAGAGUGCAUUUUAUUGCUCCUUUUACAUCGGCAACGACAAUGCAGGAAGCGCAGAGAUAGGCGGUGGUAUGUGCGCCCUUUGAAUACCACACGAGAUCGGGAUGGGGAAUUUGUUUCUCUGGUGCUUCCAAUGCGAAGCCUGGACGAGGAGAGGCAUUUCCAAUAUUUUCGUAUGUCGGCGCCAAAGUUCGAUGAUCUCCUUUCGCGAGUCAUCCGUAAUCUUCCCGACUCUCACCAAAACCACCGGAACCCGAUCGGGGCUUCCCAAAGGCUUGCCGUUACCUUGAGGUACCUGGCAACCGGCAUCGGCCUGCAAGCUCUUUCGGCCAGCUACAAGAUGGGCACCAGCACUGUGUCGGGCAUCGUGGAGGAGAUGUGUUCUGCCAUCUGGGACGCCCUUCAGGGGGAGUUCAUGGCCUUUCCUUCCCGCGGUCAGUGGCAGGACAUAGCGGAGGACUUUUGGAGGCAGUGGCAGUUUCCCCUGUGUGUCGGGGCGAUUGACAGGAAGCAUGUCAGACUCAGAGCUCCAGCACGAUCGGGAAGUGACUUCUAUAAUUACAAAGGUUUUUUUUCAAUUGCCCUCAUGGCUGCUGCUGAUGCCAACUAUAGAUUUAUUUAUGUAGACGUUGGCGCAUACGGGCGUGAGAGCGAUGGAGGUGUCUUGGGUCGCAGUGCCUUCGGAUCCAGACUGGCAGAGGGCAACCUCAAUCUACCCGCCCCUGCUGUCCUACCAGGCACCACAACGCCCAGUCCUUAUUUUUUUCUUUUGGAUGAGGCCUUUCCCCUACAGGUGAACCUGAUGCGUCCCUAUCCAGGUACUAACCUGCAGGAUAGGAAGCGCAUCUACAACUACCGACAGGCCAGGGCGAGACGCGUAGUGGAGAAUGCCUUUGGCUGCGCGCUUCCGAAUCUUUGGCCGUCCAAUUGA